CGUUUGCGCUCGAAAGUAGGCAAUCGAAUGCGUCAGUCACACCUAUUCGGCAGGUGUAUGUACUCCUUGCGUUAAUUCAAAUUGCAACGUUGGUCCAAGCGAUUGCAACGUCGGCCCUGAAUUAACGUUGGUGGAGGCUGCUGUGCCACCAUAACGUCGUCAAGGUCUACGAGUGCUUCGAAGAUGACAAGUUCUGCUACAUGGGUAUGAACGAAUACAGGGAAUCGAUAGGAAAGGGAGAAAAUUGUCCAUUCUCUUCUUCCUUUCCUUCUUGUUGCUACCUCAGGAAUGGAGCCGUACCCCAAGGUGCUAAAGCCCCGUCUCCCUGAGAACCGCAGUGGUGAUUGGUCCGUCUCGAGGCUGAAAGAGAUCGUCGCUGACAUGGCGCUGGCUGUCGACCACUUGCACCACUUGCGCAGAAAACACAUCGUCCACAGGCAAGCUUGGUUGGCGUCACGCUGGUUUUUUGCCUAUGUGUGUGCGCACGCGCUUCAGAGAUAUCAAAUGGAACAACUUUUUCAUCGCCCACGACGGUCAUGUCGUGCUUUCUGACUUCGGCAUCGCCAAGGAGACGGACUGUCUGGAUGCCGGCAUUUGUGGACUUUGCACAGAGAGGCAAGAGCGGCCUUUCGUAGCCAGGGUGCGGCUGCAGCGGUUGAAAGCGAGGACGAUGCCGCGAACACACGGGGCAUCUCCAGAUUCACGUGCGACGUGACGGUUGUUUACUCGCCGUCGCAGAGACGGGCGCUCUUCGAGUGACUAACAAUGUGUCUGGAUUCGCUCCCCUUUGUCUAUCGCCCUCGCGCGUGCGACUAGCUACUGUCUGCGUG